AUUAAUCUGGUUCCCAGCUUUUUGUGUUUGCUGAACAUUAUUCAGAAUGUCGGUCAGCAUGGUCAGUACAAUACGUCAGCUGGUAUUAAAACGAGACUUGUUUAGUCACUUGGGGAAAGUUUGCACACGGAGUGUAUGGAAUGGAUGUGUGCCGUUAUCAGAAGAUGAUCCAGAAAUAUCAAACAUUAUCUCUAAAGAGAAGAAGAGACAAGUAUAUGGGCUAGAACUUAUUGCAUCAGAGAACUUUGCCAGCCAGGCUGUGAUAGAAGCUCUAGGUUCUUGCUUAACUAACAAGUAUUCUGAGGGCUACCCUGGUGCAAGGUACUAUGGAGGUAAUGAGUUUAUUGAUGAGGUAGAGAGACUUUGCCAGAAGCGGUCUCUUGAGGCAUACCGAUUGGAUCCGGAAAAAUGGGGAGUAAAUGUGCAGCCAUAUUCCGGUUCGCCAGCUAACUUUGAGGUGUUUACGGGACUUCUGAAACCUCAUGACAGAAUUAUGGGACUUGAUUUACCCGAUGGUGGACAUUUGACUCACGGAUUCCAGACAGACACAAAGAGAAUCUCGGCUACAUCUAUAUAUUUUGAGUCCAUGCCAUACAGGCUGGAUCCAAAGACAGAUCUGAUAGAUUAUGAUAAACUUCGAGAAACUGCGAAACUUUUCCGUCCAAAGUUGAUCAUAGCCGGUACAACAGCGUAUUCCAGACUUCUCGACUACAAGGCAUAUAGAGAAAUUUGUGAUGAAGUUCAUGCAAUAAUGAUGGCAGACAUGUCCCAUAUAUCAGGGCUUGUAGCGGCAGACGUUAUUCCAUCACCAUUUGAGUAUUCUGACAUUGUUACUUCCACCACUCAUAAAACACUAAGGGGACCAAGGGCGGGUAUAAUAUUUUAUCGCAAGGGAGUUAAGGGACAAGACAAGAAGACGGGCAAGGAUAUCAUGUAUGACUAUGAGAAGAAAAUCAACUUCGCUGUAUUUCCGUCACUACAGGGGGGACCACAUCAACACCAGAUAGCAGCUAUAGCUGUUGCUAUGAGACAGGCUCAGCAUCCAGAGUUCAAGGAGUACCAGUUACAAGUAUUGAAGAACGCCCAUCUACUUGGGGAGGAGCUAGUACAACGAGGAUACGAUGUGAUCUCUGGAGGUACAGAUAAUCAUCUUAUACUGAUGGAUCUCAGACCUGCUGGUACUGAUGGUACACGUGCGGAACUCGUGCUCGAACUCGCCGCCAUAACUGUCAACAAAAACACAACAUCAGGAGAUACCCAUGCCUUUACACCUGGUGGUCUCCGACUAGGAUCUCCCGCCCUGACAUCACGUGGAAUGAAGGAAGCCGAGUUUCAACAGGUAGCUGAGUUCCUUCAUCGGGGAAUACAGAUUGCUGUUGACAUUCAGAAGAAAACAAAGAAUAUGAAAGAGUUCCGUGCAUACGUACACGAGGAUAAUGAAGAAACUAGGAAAAUCAACGAGCUUAAGUCACAGGUUGAAGCGUUUGCGGCCAGCUACACGAUGCCAGGGCUAGAGAACAGAUAAAAAACACCAGUACCUUACGAUCUCAGUGUAAUGUGAAAUUGAAUAGAAAUCAGUUGUUACAAGAAUGUUCAGCAUUAAAUUUUUGAUACUUUGAAAUAAUUUGUCUAAACAGACUUUUUUCUAACAUAUCCCUAUUACUUAAACAGAUUUUGUUUUUUAAGACCACUGUGUAUUUCUGGUUGUUUGGUUUGUAUGUCAUUGUAUAGACUAGCUGGUUGAAAGAAUGGUUUAUUUUAAGAUGCAAUAAUGUGUAACUAUGUUUGAAUUGCUGUUAUAUUCCUUACCAGAUCUUUUUUAAUGAAUUUAUGAAAGUGUUUUACCAGUAUUAUCUGAAUUACCACAGAUUGGAUAAUUUUUCUCAUCAUUUUUAUUUUUCUGUUGCCAUGACAGCAGCAGUAUUGCAUGGGUAAAAAUUGGUAUUUGGUAGGUUUUUUAAACUUCUAGAAAUUAUGAUGCUUUAAAGGUAAAAUGGUUUUUAAAUUAUGUGUUUGCUUCCUAUCAUUAAUAUACUGUAAAAUUGUUUAAUACCAUGGGCAUGAAAUUUCAUGUUUUUUCUUACAAAGCGGCUGUCAUAGGGUUCUGAAUCAUAUUUUGAAGAUAAAAUAAUAAAAAAAAAUAAAUGGGAAUUUCCUUCCUUCAUUGGAAUUUAUUUUUGUGGAUUGAGGCAACCACGAAAUACGCAAGAAUUAGUCCACAAUGGAAAUCAAAGAUUUUACAGUAAACAAAAAAAAAAAAAAGACAUUGCGAAUAGUACCCAAUCUGUUGUAGUUUGUUCAUCUAUAAAUAUUUUAUUGAAUGUAUUGUUUUUAAAUGAGAAGUAAAAGACUUUGUGGUCAGUUUUGAGAAAAGUAUCAGCAUUACUUAAGUGGUUUUAUAUGAGAAUGAUUUGCACAACAUGCUUUUAGUUAUGUACAUUUGCAUUGCUUUUAUUGGUAAGAUAAUUAGCUUUGCUGGAAUGUGUCUGCAGUUUGUUCUAGAAGUUGGUUUGUUCUGCUGACGAGUGUCUGUAAUUCGGCAGUUUGUUCUAGAAGUUGGUUGGUUCUGCUGACGAGUGUCUGUAAUUCUGCAGUUUGUUCUAGAAGUUGGUUGGUUCUGCUGACGAGCGUCUGUAAUUCUGCAGUUUGUUCUAGAAGUUGGUUGGUUCUGCUGACGAGCGUCUGUAAUUCUGCAGUUUGUUCUAGAAGUUGGUUGGUUCUGCUGACGAGCGUCUGUAAUUCUGCAGUUUGUUCUAGAAGUUGGUUGGUUCUGCUGACGAGCGUCUGUAAUUCUGCAGUUUGUUCUAGAAGUUGGUUGGUUCUGCUGACGAGCGUCUGUAAUUCUGCAGUUUGUUCUAGAAGUUGGUUGGUUCUGCUGACGAGCAGGUCUGUAAUUCUGCAGUUUGUUCUAGAAGUUGGUUGGUUCUGCUGACGAGCGUCUGUAAUUCUGCAGUUUGUUCUAGAAGUUGGUUGGUUCUGCUGACGAGCGUCUGUAAUUCUGCAGUUUGUUCUAGAAGUUGGAUGGUUCUGCUGACGAGCGUCUGUAAUUCUGCAGUUUGUUCUAGAAGUUGGUUUGUUCUGCUGACGAGCGUCUGUAAUUCUGCAGUUUGUUCUAGAAGUUGGUUUGUUCUGCUGACGAGUGUCUGUAAUUCUGUAGUUUGUUUUAGAAGUUUGUUGGUUCUGCUGACGAGUGUCUAUUUCUGCAGUAUGUUAUAAAAGUUGGUUUGUUCUGCUGACGAGUGUCUGUAAUUCUGCAGUUUGUUAUAAAAGUUGGUUUGUUCUGUUGAGUGUCUGUAAAUCUGAAAUUUAUUCUAGAAGUUGGUUUGUUCUGCUGAAGAGUUUAUUAUAUGAUGUUUAUUGGAAGUUAUAUAAGUUAGUUUGUUUUUCAAUACUCAAUACUCUCCCAUACAAACACACAGACACAAAUCAGAGAAUGUAGGAAGGCAGUAUAGCCAUUACUGUAAAUACCCAUGUGUAUUGUGCACCCAAGUACAAUACGCACACACGAUUCGGGGAUUGUUGCGGUAGUCAAAUGAAUGCUCAUUAUAUGGUAAAUGAACUAAAAAAGUUACUCUUAGACCAGUCUCCUUAAAUUGAUAGAAACUGAGUUUUCAGACCAUAUUCAGAUUGUAUCAGUUUCAAGAUUUUUCCUGGGAAUGAUGAAUCAAAUGCUGGAACUUUCAGACUGGUCUUACUACUUGAUUUAACUGUUUUAUUCCCUUGAACCCUGUACAAGUGAAAACUAGAACUGCUUCAGAAUUACCGGUACUCGUUAGUUUAAACAUUUUUAUUCCCAAAAUUGAGUUACAUACAUUGAUAAAUAUGUCAUACUGUGAUGAAAGCAAAACAGGAAAGGAUAAGAAUGAAAGACAAGUCCGGUACUUACUGGAGAGUUAUUUCCUUGAACCCUGUACAAGAGAAAAUUAGAGAAUCGGAAUAACUGUUACUCAUUGAAGAGUUACUUACCUUGAUAUUCAGAAUAUUUCUAUGAUGGCAAAGAUUUGUAGAUCUGCAGCUGUGAGACAAACUCGCAUUUUAGCUAUAUAUUCACUCUGUUUACAUGCUGAAUCUCCACACAUGUUCUGUACACGCUAAAACUUUACAUAUAUGUUAUGUUCUCCACACAUUAGAACUUCUCACAUUGAGUGUGUUCUCUAUUGACCAAUAUAAAGGUUGUAUUUAGCUGUUGUUAGUUAAUUAGACAAAUCACUAUUUUGAUAAUUUAAAAGAAUUAUGUGUUUUAAAACAUACAUUUUACAUUUGUUUGUAUAUAUCUACAUCUCAAACUCACAUAUUUCAAAGUUACGGCUAUCUGGAAGACAUUUUCAGUUCCUGUCCCAAAAAUAUGUCUACAAAACAUUGUUUUAAGUUGAAUUUCACUUAUCCUAAAGUAUAAUGCUUGAUCCCAUGGAAUUCGAGACGAGUUUCAACUGCAUUUUGAAGGAAUCAUUGUAUGAUAAAAUAACUUUAUGUGACAGUAGUGUUUAAGUACCAACCUGUGAGAGUACGGCAGUACGAAUAUAGAGGAUGCAAGUUAGAAAUUAGAUUAUCAGUUCUGUUGAAUCAUUAUUUAGAAUAAGAACUGACUGUAAUUCUUGGAAGUUUUCAUGAAAGAUUUUUAACAUGAUAUGUAAAUGAUAGUCCUGGCACCCGCUUAAAUAUACAAUUAGAUUUUUGGUGCACUGCUUAUUGUUUAAGUUUGUUAUUGUGUGCAGGUAUUGUAGUUGUUUGAGUUAUAUUGCUUUGGUUUCUUAUGUUAUGAUAUACGCUUCUAUAUAUCGUGUGUUUUAGUGUUGACUUUGUGCAGUGUUGAGUGGAUGCCAGUGUCAAAUGGGUGCUAAUGUCAUUGAAAAUUAUAUUUGAUCAUUCCUAGCUUACAGAGCAAAAAAUUAAUUCAGCAUUCAUAAAUUCAGGUUCAAGGUUAGGAAAAUACUUGCACAUGUCACAGCCUAAUAACAUGUUGAUCUAAUGUAUGUAUGUUGUGUGUUUUUUGUCUGUUUGUGUAUGGCAGCUUGAAAUGCUACUGUCUCAGUGAAUUUGUGAUAAAAAAAUUAGCCAUUUGCUGUAUAAGUUUAAGGCACUGACCCCAAAUCAUAUGACAACAAAAAAGGAAAAAUUAUAGAUAUCAGAAAAUUAUUGCUACGUUUCUUAAGAAGGCUUUAAAACUUUGUUACUGGCAGAUAACAUGUUAUGGAAACACAUACGAAGCAUGGUAACAGAGAUAAACUGCCUUAAUUAUAAAGCUUUAUAUUCAGUGGGUGUGAAGUAAGUAUUCCUCCGUGAUGUAUUGGUCAAGAAGGCAGAAAUUUUUUUAUUCCCGCAGUGUUGUUUGAUCCCUAACUUGAGCAAGUUUUUUUUUUUUUUAUUUGGCAUUUUUAGGACAGCUUAGAAAGAAAAACUUGUUAUAAUGUUCAUAAUAUGACCAAACUUCAAUUUUAAAGAAAGAUCAUUUUAUCCAAAAUCUGGAGGUCAGUGCCUUUAAGUAAAAAACGCUAUGUAAGCUCUUGCAGAUUGAGGUAUUGAUGUAUCCUGCACAAGCCUAGCAGAUUACUUCAUCAUAAAACGUGCAACAGAAUCUUCAAGGGUUAUUUUUUGCAUCACUACUUACCUAUUGACUAUAUCAAAACAAUUGUUAGACAGUUUGGCAAUCAAAAUGCACUGUCUUUAUGUUGUUGAAGAUUUUGUACCUUCUGCAACCAGGUGUUCCCUCAUGUUUCCAUCACACAUUAUUUAAUGGAAAUCCUCUGUGUGUUUUCCCCAACAAUUUUCUCCACAAUUUGAAGUUUUAACUAGUCAAGCUGGAUUUAAUUUAUUGUGUUUGCUACUGUUGUUUCUGUUUUUCGUAUUUUUAGCUCAUCCGAGCCAAAGACUCAUGGUGAGCUUUUAUGACCACUCAAUGUCCGUCGUGCGUCCGUCAACAAUUUCUAAAAAAUCUUCUUCUUGAAAACCACUGGGCAGAAUUACACCAAACUCCACAGGAAUAGUCCUUGGGUGGCCCCCUUUCAAAAUUAUUCAAAGAAUUGAAUUCCAUGCAGAAUUCUGGUUGCCAUGGCAACGGAAAGGAAAAACUUUAAAAAUUUUCUUGUUCAAAACUGCAAGGCAUAGCACCUUGAUAUUUGGCAUGUAACAUCACCUAAUGGUCCUCUAUGAAGAUUGUUCAAAUUGUGCCCCUGGGGUAAAAAGAGGCCCCGCCCCGGGGGUCACAAGUUUUACAUAGACUUAUAUAGGAAAAAACUUUAAAAAUCUUCUUGUCUAAAACCACAAGACCUAUGCCUUUGAUAUUUGAAGCAUUGCCUUGUGGUCCUUUACCAAAAUUGUUCAAAUUAUGCCCCCGGGGUGAAAAGAGGCCCUGCCCCGGGUGGUUCCAAGUUUUACAUGAACUUAUAUAGGAAAAAACUUUAAAAAUCUUCUUGCCUGAAACUGCAAGGCCUAGGCUUUUGAUAUUUAGUAUGUAGCAUUGCCUUGUGGUCCUCUACCAAAAUUGUUCAAAUUAUGCCCCUGGGGUGAAUAGAGGCCCUGCCCUGGGGGUCCCAAAUUUAACAAAGACUUAUAUAGGGGGAAAAAAUAAGAAUCUUCUUGUCUGAAAGUUCAAGGCCUAGGCCUUUGAUAUUUGGUAUGUAGCAUUGCCUAGUGGAUCUGUAACAAGUUUGUUCAAAUAAUGCCCCUGGUGUGAAAAGAGGCCCUGCCUUGGGGGUCACUGAGUUAUAUAGGAUCAGAUUUCCUAGACUGUUUAAUUAUAAUUACCUGAUGGCCCCAAGCAAUUAGGGGGUCACUUGACUGUGACCUUGACCUACUGACCUACUUUCUUGUUUUUUAAGAUACAGCCUUGAAAUUUGCAUGACAUGUACAGUUUUGUACACCGAUCUUAAAACUGACUUUCAGUGACCAUAAAUGUGACCUACUGACCUACUUUCUAAUAUUUUAGCAUCAGUGUGCCAUUUUAAACAUGUGGCUCAUAUUACUCAGGUGAGCGAUUCAGGGUCAUCAUGACCCUCUUGUACAUUAUAAUGCAUGUUCUUUCUUUUUGCUGUAAGUACAUAAAUGAGUUUUUUCUUUAUAGCGGUAAAAUUUUUUGUUGGAUUUGUUUACUGUGACAAAUACAAUGUCAUUAUUUCUAAGAACAUUUUUAAGUUUGACUGUGUAACAUGUAUGCAGAGAUUGUAAGUGACAAAAAAAGGUUUUAUGCUUAUACCAGUUUGCAAUUCAUGAAUCACUGUUACAUUGCCACCUUUAUAAUACACCAAAGUCGAUUAAUUGUGUUAGUCCCUCAAGAAGUACCAGGGUUGUCAAUUAAUUGUUUGUCCCUCAGGUUGAACCAGGGUUGUCAAUUAGUUGUAGUUGUCCCUCGGGUUGAACCAGGGUUGACAAUUGUAUUAGUCCCUCAAGAAGUACCAGGGUUGUCAAUUAAUUGUUAGUCCCUCAGGUUGAACCAGGGUUGUCAAUUAGUUGUUGUUUUCUCUCGGGUUGAACAAGGGUUGUCAGGGUUGUCAAUUAAUUGUGUUAGUCCCUAAAGUUGAACCAAGGUUGUUGCGAUAGGAGGUUAAAUGGAUUGGUGCUAUAACACUGUUCAGAUAUGGCAUCUAAAUGAUUACUAUUAUUACCUUGUCAAUAAAAGGUGUUUUUAUUGGGCAUUUUAUUAUCUUAGAUACACUAAAUAUUGUGAUUAUUUUAUGAGCUUAGUAUUUUUAGCACUAACACUAGCCAGAGGAUUUUGUAUUUAGAUAGUAUUAUAAACAAUUACGAAGUUAGCAGAAGUAGAUUUUCACAAUGUUUACAGGAAAAUGGUGCUUUGUUUAUUUUACUUAAAUAGUUUUUAAAAAAAUCAUCAGUAAAAGUUUGCUGAAGAAUAAUUACGGUAAUGCAUUUUAAAGGAGAUCAAUACAUGAAAGAUUUUAAAGUUUCUCUUCCACGUCCAUGUUGGAACUUUGCCAAACAUUGAAAACUUGUAUUGAAAUUCAAGACAAUAGUUGAGUUAAGAAAUGAAUUCAUUUUCAAUUGAUAUACAAGAAUAUAAGUAGGUACAUUAUUAAAUUAUUUUUACUGUUUGGUAAAGUAUCGAAUUCAGUUUUUAUUGAAAUGCAAGAAUUUUGUUUUGUUUAAUACUGAAUUCAUUUUGAAUUCAUUUUUGAUAGAAAUACUGUCUGGUUAAGUACCGAAUUCAUUUUCUGUUGAAGUACAAAAAUAUUUUUAGUAAAAUUACCGAAUUCAUUUUUGGUAGAAAUACCAGAACACUGUCAGGUGAAGUAUUGAAUUCGGUUUUGAUUUAAGGUAGUUUUGCAUGUUUGAUAAACCGGAAGUGAUGGCGUAACGUCAUUUAUCCGGAAAAUGUAGAAUAAAGCCUGGAUUUGGUGUAUGGAAAUGAAAAUCAGUUUAUGAAUUAAAGGCAACCUGUGAAUAAAUUUAUCAAAUCGUAACAGAUUUUAAUUUUCUAAAGUUAAAAUAUGAUAUUAAAACAUCUGUCAAGUUGAAUAAUUCAAAAUACAUGUAAUGUCUUAAGAUUAGCUUCAAAUAGGCGGUUCACUUUAAUCAUGGCCAAAUAUCUCAGAAAUAAGCACACAGACCUCUACAUUUUAUUUCACUGUAUUAUAGGUCAUAUGUUUAUUUAGGACUGUGAGAAGUUAAAUUAAAAUCUACAUUGUGGAAAAUUUUCUAUUCGAGAAAAUGUUAUGAAAGUUGCUAUUUUCCCAUAGACUCCCAUUAUGAAAAAUUGCAUGAGGUCCAAAUUUUUUAGAUCAGUCUAGCAAAAAAUCAAGCCACGACUCUAUUAUUUUUAUUUGCUGAAUUUUUCUAGGUAUAUUCUGAAGUUUUGAAAAAUCAGUGUUUAAUCAAAUUCUACAUUGUAGAAAAAAUUCUGAUCAAAACCUGCAGAACUACCUUAAAUUCAAGAAUAAUUGAAUUCUUAAGAAAAGUUUUUUUCCUCAUAAAAAAUGAUAUUACAUAGGGCUUUAAUAGUGAAUAACAACAUUUUAACAUUGUUUGUGUAAGAUUUAUAUGAAAUAGUGUUACUUUGAAUAUUACGCAGUAUUGUGGAAUAUUUUUAGAACCAAGAAGAAUUAUUUGUUUGAACCUUAACUCAGCAUUAAUGUAUAGGACCAAACUUGUAAAUGGUUUUGGCAGCAUUAAAUUGUUUUGAAAGUGA